UUCUUUUCCUUUCGUGGUUUGGUUUUCGAAAAGAGCCCGAUAUCGAGUCUGUUAAUUUGUUUUGUUCCGCUCCGUUUCGAAAACAAAUAGGAAGAAUGGGGACUUUUCCUGCGGCUACGAUGCUGAAACAACUGUGCCUGGUGGUAGCACUGUUGUGGCCACUGAGCAUGGUUGCAAGCCGAGGAACCCUUCACGAAGAAGGCUUUAUUGAAGAAUUGGUCGCCAGUCAGCGUGCCUUUACGGGGGCCUUCAUUCCCAACCUCCAAGGCCCCGACACACUCCCUCCGAUGCUUUUGUUAAGCAUGAAGCGUGGCCUUGUUCACGUGAUGAGGAAUCCCGAUGAAUCGAUGGAAACCGAACAGAUUCUCGAUCUCGAACACCAGCUAUGCACAAACGGAGAGCGGGGCUUCCAAUCGAUCGUCCCCCAUCCGAACUUUGCCGAGAACCAUUGGCUGUACAUAUUUUACACUGCCUACUCGGACGAAUGCCUAGAAGAUGAAGUUUUUGGACCACGCAACCGAUUGUCGCGAAUGCUUAUGGAUCCAAAAACACUCCGCAUCCGAAACGAAACGGAAGAAGUUCUAAUGGAAGGAGCGCCCACACACUAUUUUUUCCACAACGGAGGAGCCAUCAAAUUUGGAAACGACGGAAAAAUUUAUGUCACCACUGGAGACGGAGGUGGGGAUGGAGCAGGAACAUCACAAGACAUGACCAAUCUGCACGGAGCCAUUUUGCGGUUGAAUGACGACGGAAGUGUCCCAACCGACAAUCCCUUUACUUUCCAGGGUGGCUACAAUGGUGUUCCUUGCGGACAAACGGGAGGCGUCCUCCCCCCGGAUGCUCCUAGCGAUGCCGUCUGCUCCGAAAUUUUUAGCUAUGGCUUUCGCAACCCAUUUCGCAUCGUUAUGGAUCCACAUGAAACGGAAAAGACCCGGUUUUUCGUCAACGAUGUCGGCGGAUCCAAAUGGGAGGAGAUUUCCGAGGCGGGAACAGACUUUGCGGGAAAGAAUUACGGUUGGCCCCGAUAUGAGGGCCCCUGCAAGUUCGAUAAAACGGAAGACUGCCCGCUCUUCGAUCCUUCUAGCGCCGUGGCGAACAGAGAUUCUUUCCAGAAUCCCUUCUACUAUUAUGGACACGUUAGCGAUCGCGAGGGAGGUUGCAUCGCCGGGGGAGCCUUUGUCCCGGAAGGAAUCUGGCCUGCAAAAUACAAAUAUGUAUACGCCGAUUUCAUUUUUCACUCCAUUUUCAAUCUAGUAGAAGAUGCUGAUGUGGAAUGUCAGACGUGUAUCCCACCCAUUCCGAAAUAUAAAAACGAAACCCUUUACACUUCCGAAAAGAGAGAGGACCAACACGCCAACUACGCCCGCAUAGUGGAUAUUUUCUUUGGUCCCUACAAGGAUACCCAAGCCUUGUAUGUCUUCAAGAUGGGCAACGGCAACAAUGUCUGGAGAAUCCGGUAUACCGGAAGCGACAACAUUCCUCCUGUUGCAAAAAUUGAAAUCGACGGUUCCACCACGGUGGACGUCGGAGAAAUUGUCGCCUUUGACGGACGCCUGAGUUUCGACCCCGAAGAGCUCGGUCUGGAAUACGAAUGGGAUUUUGGCGAUGACUCGUUUUCGCGGGAACCUAAUCCCAUUCAUGCCUACACAGAACCAGGACAGUACACGGUCCGGCUUGGUGUAACGGACUCAGCAGAACACACCCAAACGACCUCGGUGGACAUUGUUGUCGGAACGCCUCCGGCGCUCCACAUAACGUCGCCCCUCGAGGGUGCUGACUUUUUUGUAGGAGAGAUCCUCUUGCUCAGUGGAACUGCCACUGACGCGGAUGGAAAUUUGCUUGAGGACAGCCAGAUUUCUUGGGAGGUCCGAAAGCACCACGCGGAUCACUGGCACCCCUUCCUGGACGAAAAGGCUGGAAACGACAUUGACCUCUUUCCCGCCCCAGAACCGGAAGAUUACCUUGCCGCCACCAACAGUUACCUCGAAGUUAUCAUGUACGCAACAGAUGCCAAUGGUCUCGUAUCUACCACGAGCAGGAACAUUUACCCCAGAAUUGUGGAACUCUGCAUAGACAGCGAACCCCAGGGUCUCGAGGUGUAUGUCGACGAGUACCCCGUGGUGACUCCCCUGAGAAUUACCUCGUGGGUGAAUCACAAUCUGCGCCUGCGGACCCCUAUUAAUCAGGAGCUUAACGGCACCAACAUCCAGCGCACCUUUACUUCGUGGUCUGAUGGCGUCGUCUCCGACGACCGCGAAAUCCGGUUGCUUCCGAAGGAGAACACAGGGUUGGUGGCUUCCUUUUGUGUUCAAGGGGACGACACGUGCAUUGCUGAGGCACAAACCCGUGUGAGCGGCAACCUAUUGGUUGCGAGGUGCCCUACGACGCCUCCGACACCGGAGCCGACCAUGGCGGAUACUCAGUCUCCCACCGCUAAGCCAACGGCGUCGUCCACCGACAAACAAACGAGUUUUCCUACUGAAGAGGAAGUGGAUUGGCCCCUGGAUGAAGAUGUUGUCCGGAUAGAUGAUCAAGACAGCGAGCCCGGCAUGAAGGAUCCCAUGUCGGACCGAGAUCAGAUUUUGGAUCUCUUAGACGAAAAAAAUUCUCUGGAUUCAGGUGCAAGUGCCAAAAUUAUUUCUACUCGGCUUGCUGUUGCUCUUUCCUUGCCCGUCGCGAUCCUAGCUCUUUUCGUAGGAAUAUAGCUUGGUUGAAUCUAUGUUGUGGAUUGAUCGAUGGAAGGAUGGACGAAUGUGCAAAAGAACAGAUGAAUGGAUAGAAAGACAAACAACUGUGGGAAGAGUGGAUGUUCGACUAUGACUCACAUAAGUAUGGAUUGGGUAUUGCUAUGUUAACUCGAUAAGUCCUUGUAGUGAAUUAAAUGCAGAAAUUACUUUGAGAUGUUGCCAUGAUGUGGUUUGUUGUUUUCUUGCUACCACCCGAUCAUGAAAUAUGGAUUACGAACGUUUUAUUUAAAGUCGCGUUCAUGAUGCUAUUAACACGAACCAUACCCAGUAAGAAACAACACUGAUAUGAUCAAACGAAAAAUAAUUUCAAAACCUCAGU